AUGGACCAUCGUUCUCUACAUGCAGUAUAUGACGACAGUGGCGACCUUAGGAAAAACAUCAUUUCACUGCUGCAAAAUCUCCCCGUAGAGGUGUUAGCCGAUUAUCUCUUGGAAAACAUCAAUGCUGGGCAUUUAACAAUGGAACAACUCAACGAGUUAAGGCUAAAAAGGUGCCUUACGGGGCAAGGCAAUUUGAAACAACGUAGUUCCACAUUAGCUGAUGGGCAAGACAAAGGCAAUUUAUUUCUGAACAGUGAACAUGGGCUGUUCUCCGCCAAUCCCUGUUCAGAAAACCCAAGGGUUUCUGCCGGGAAUAUUCAAUUUUCCAACAUGAUGGUAUUUGAAGAUAAUAAACCCUACAUUAAUUAUACCCAAAGUUUAGGUAACAACAAUAGCAAUAGCAGUGAAAGAACUAUCAUAAAAAGGAGGCCUGUGGGGAACCUGACCAAAGAAAACUAUAGUUACUACUUCCCAUUGUCUGGAAUCCAAAUAUACCCCAAAAGUGAUAAAUAUUUAUCAAUUAACACAUGUGCUUUCGAAGCAUGCAAACUAGACCCUUCAUUUAGUUAUGAAUCGUACCAUCGAUAUCUGCGCAAGGAAUUGAACAUACAUAAACAAGGUGGAUUGCUCUUUGCGCCAUCUGGUUAUCAGUCAAGAGGAGUCCCCUUGCAGAGUAUCAUCGAUGAUGAAUGGAUAGCUGGCAUUCAAGCAUCACAGUUUUUUGAUCCCAGUGCAGUUUGGAGAGAUUUAAAGAAUCUAAAGGAGUUUAUCCCCGAUGGGAAAUUCAGGUGCCGUUAUUUCCAAGCCCAACAAAUUGAAAACUUAACUGAUGGGCAGUUUGCAAUACUAACUUUUGGCCAGUACAAACAGAUCCAUGGUUUCUUGAAAAGAUACAAUGUUAAAUCCAUAAAAUGGAGAGAGCAUCCGGAAUUCAAUGGCUGGAUUCGGUCACGAACUUUUGGCUGCAAAUUCGGUAUUAGAGGGGAAGACGCCUGUAAUAAGAAAUUGACAGUAGUACUAGACUUGAUGCAUAGGAUUGUGAUACUCAAGUUUUUUGGCCGCCAUAUCUCGACUUGCGAUACACAGAAUCGAAAGUUAGUAUAUCCUGUCUUCAGGAACUUGGUGCUCAACCAUAAACCACUCAGCGUUGAUAAGACCUUUAGGUUAAUAAAAGACAAAUACCCUUCAUGCUUUGAUGAUAUUAUAAUGAAGCUGGGGAGGAUACCAACCACCCCUGAAGUAGCAAAUUGGCAGCUUCAAAGAGAAAAGAAUAAUUAA